UCACGGUGGCCGGAGCUUUGUGACGUCACGGCCCCCGUGUAAUUUCACACUCCGCCCCCUGAAUACAAGCCUAUGUGAGGGGGCGUGACAGCUGUCACGCCCCCUCAUAUAGGCUUGCAUUUAGGGGGCAGCAAGAUCACGGGGGUCCCCAGCGGCGGGACCCCCGCGAUCAGGCAUAUUAUCCCCUAUGCUUUGGAUAGGGGAUAAGAUGUCAUAGCGCCGGAGUACCCCUUUAACUUUCAGGCACCAGUUGAUUUGAAAACAUUUGUUUUCCCCUUGUUUCCACCGAAGUUCCCCUUUAAAUCUAGCGGGAAAACAUGAAAUUGCAACAAUGUAACAAAAUCCCAAAACUCAAUAUCCUGCUAUAGUAUUAAGGCAGUCACAUGAUUUUUUGUUACUGUAGCGCCACCUAUAGCCCAGUGAGAUGUACUAUGAGAGUUGUAACGGCAGCCUGACAGUGAAGGGGUUAAGGCUGCCCGCCCCUAUAAUGGAUGAUAUAAGGGGCAGCUGCUCAGGCCUCUUGGUUGUUGCAGGAAGCUGAUCAUUCACUAUGGCUGGAGUCAUGUACUCGCAGUAUCCUCCCUUCCUGAACUAUGGGCCGCCAUACAGACAGCAGCCCCCAUACUACAAGCCCAAGGUGCCCUACUGGAAGCCUCCCUACAAGGGGGUCCCGGGGCCCAUGAAGCCCACCCUUCCCUUUGACUGUCUGGAUAACUACCGGUGGGCUCAGCUGAAGGCCUUGCUCAGCCAGCUGGGCCCGGAGUUCGGUUUGAGUCGGUUUUAUACCAAAGAAGUGGGGGUCCAGGUGAACCCCAGGGUGGAUGCCUCUGUUCAGUGUUCGCUGGGGCCCCGCACACUGAGGAGCCGUAAGGGAGGGCCCUUCCUGUGCCGAGCCGUGCCAGGGCAGCAUGCUGGACUGAGCAUUGUCACUCCGGUCCGCUUCCCCCGCACUGUAGCUGUAUACUCCAGACUGUCCGAUCGGAGGCUGUUCACACUGCCACCUUCCCAGAGCACUGGGGGCAGAGAUGUGGGGGUGCAACAGGAGGACGAGGCCGACGAUGGGGACAUCAGGGCAAAGAGACCCACGUUCCAGUUCCUGGAGCAGAAGUAUGGCUUCUUCCACUGUCGGGACUGCCAGGUUCGGUGGGAGAGCGCAUAUGUGUGGUGCGUAUCUGGAACUAAUAAGGUUUACUUCAAGCAGUACUGCCACAAAUGUCUGAAGGGCUGCAACCCAUACUACGUGGAGUCCAUCGAGUGCCCGACCUGCAUGAAGGCGUGGUGCUCGUGCCCGGAGCGGCGACACAUUGACCUGAAGCGCCCCCACUGCCAGGAGCUGUGCGGCCGCUGUAAGGGGCAGAGGCUGUCCUGUGACAAGACGUACAGCUUCAAGUACAUUGUGUGAGGGGCGGUGGGCCGCGCUGCCUACUAGACUUAUUUAUUUUGCCGCUGAGGUGAAUUGUAUAGUUUUUGUUUUUUCUGUAAAUUGUUGUGUAAAUAAAAUGGUGAUUUUUGUUAUGGAUGGAUGUAUAGAUGCCUCACUGACCAAUCGGAUGUGCUGGGCUCUCUUGGUGUGGAGCCGGCGUCGUCUGCUGUCACUUUCAUUGACUUUACCCACUGCAGUCUUAAAAUAAACAAACACAAAAACAACUCCACAAUUGUAGUCAAUGUGUAUGAGUCUCCAGUGUAAAGGGGAACUCCACCCCAGUGUAAUCGCUUCUCCGUCAAUACGGCAUCUUUGUUUCUGUGGAAUGAGGUGCAAUAACAGCAGCCACCAUGUAUGGCGCUGUGCCUGAUCAUGCUCCAGUCCAUGAAUUGGCUGAUCGGUGGGAGGAGCUUCAUAGACUGAUACUGAUUGGUCCUGGGGUAUUAAAGAUUCUGCGUCUUAGACUGCCCCCUAGAGGGGAUGGACAAUUACUUUACCUAUUCGCAGGGAAGCUGAUGUCUCCUUAUGGAGACAUGGAAGAUCAGGUCUUAUCCUCCAGUCAUCUCCAGAGCUGCACUCACUAUUCUGCUGUUACAUCAUCUUAUCCUCCAGAGCUUCACUCACUAGUCUGCCG